GGCGCGCCGCCGCCUCCCGGCCACCUCCUCCUCCUCGCAGGCAGGGGAAGGGGCGGGGCCCGACGUGACGUCAUGCAGGAAGCCCGCCCUGGUUGGAAGGAAUUUAGAAGAGAGGGGGGCGAGAAGGAGGCGGAGUCUAGUUUCCUUGGUGACGGGUUGCCCGGCGGUCGCCUGGUAACCGGUGGCGGCGGUCCGGGCUGCUGGGGCGCGGGCGGCAGAGGCCGCGGAGGUCUGAGGGCCGCGGCCCAGGCCGGGCUCUUUCUGUCUGUUGUGCGAUGGCGGCCGCCGCGGCGGUGGUCCCGCCGUCGGGUUUGGAGGAUGGGGUGUCCCGGUCCCGCGGCGAAGGGGCGGGGGAGGUGGUCGUGGAGCGGGGGCCCGGCGCGGCCUACCACAUGUUCGUGGUGAUGGAGGACCUGGUGGAGAAGCUGAAGCUGCUCCGCUAUGAGGAGGAGCUCCUCCGGAAGAGCAACCUGAAGCCCCCGUCCAGACACUAUUUUGCAUUGCCUACCAACCCUGGUGAACAGUUCUACAUGUUUUGCACUCUUGCUGCUUGGCUGAUUAACAAAGCAGGACAUCCCUUUGAGCAGCCUCAAGAGUAUGAUGACCCUAAUGCAACAAUAUCUAAUGUAUUAUCUGAGCUUCGAUCAUUUGGGAGAACUGCAGAUUUUCCUCCUUCAAAAUUAAAGUCAGGUUAUGGAGAGCAUGUGUGCUAUGUUCUUGACUGUUUAGCUGAAGAAGCGUUAAAAUAUAGUGGUUUCACCUGGAAAAGACCAACAUACCCAAUGGAAGAAUUAGAAGAAGAAACUGUUCCAGAAGAUGAUGCAGAAUUAACGUUAAAUAAAGUGGACGAAGAAUUUGUGGAGGAGGAGACAGACAAUGAAGAAAACUUUAUUGAUCUCAAUGUUUUAAAGGCCCAGACCUAUCGCUUGUAUAUGAACGAGUCUGCCAAACAAGAAGAUAUUUUGGAAUCCACAACAGAUGCUGCGGAAUGGAGUCUAGAAGUGGAACGUGUACUACCACAACUGAAAGUCACGAUUAGGACUGACAAUAAGGAUUGGAGAAUCCAUGUUGACCAAAUGCACCAGCACAAAAGUGGAAUUGAGUCUGCUCUAAAGGAGACCAAGGGAUUUUUGGACAAACUCCAUAAUGAAAUUAGUAGGACCUUGGAAAAGAUUGGCAGCCGAGAAAAGUACAUCAACAAUCAGCUUGAGCACUUGGUUCAAGAAUAUCGCGCAGCCCAAGCCCAGCUGAGUGAGGCAAGGGAGCGAUACCAGCAGGGAAAUGGCGGCGUGACUGAAAGGACCAGACUCCUGUCUGAGGUUACAGAAGAACUAGAAAAGGUAAAACAAGAGAUGGAAGAAAAAGGCAGCAGUAUGACUGAUGGUGCUCCUUUGGUGAAGAUUAAACAGAGCUUAACAAAGCUGAAGCAAGAAACCGUUCAGAUGGACAUUCGAAUCGGUGUCGUGGAACACACAUUACUCCAGUCAAAACUGAAGGAGAAGUCCAACAUGACCAGGGACAUGCAUGCCACAGUCAUUCCAGAAUCCACAAUAGGCUCCUAUUAAAACAUACUGGUUUUCAUGCUUCUGGUUAGUGGGUUUUUUAUAUCAAAUUAUAUUUCAUGUUGCAUAGAUUUCAACACAGUUAUACCUUUUAAAGCAUGGUCAGUGGGUACUUUUUGCAUAUGUACACACACACAUUGUAUCAUGGUGAUUAUGGAUGGUUAAAGCCUUUAAAUUGAAUAUAAUAUUUAAUAAAGUAAUUAAAAAUUCUCGCUUUCA